AUGGCAUACGCAUAUUACUAUGAUCUGCCACCUCCACUCGUCGACAAUCCACACGAGCGACAUCAUCAACACCAAAACCUCGUACAGUAUCUAGGCCAUCGCCACACACGGCCCGAAGAUCAUCCAAACCAGCCGGAUGUGGACUUUCGCGACGCGAUCAAAGAGUAUUUGAUCGAAGUGGAAGUACCAGGGAUUAAAAAACCCGACGAAGUCACAGUCUCAUGGACUGGCCACCGAUCACUACUGCUGACUGGCAACACCAAGAGACCUGAUUAUGGUGCACCAUCGAAUGCGGAGGUAGAAGAGGAUAAAGAGAAACCGGCAUCUGGCGGAGUACAUUUGUUGGUUGGCGAAAGAAGGAUUGGCCCCUGGAGGCGCUACAUCAACUUCCCGACCGACGUGGAGAACGUCAAUGUGACUCUGGAGGCCGGUGUGUUGAAGGUCCGGGCCCCCAAAAAGGGAUUCAAGGAUAUAAGUGAUGCCAAGGUCGACGUCCAGCACGCGUGAGGAUGAUCACGUUGAGCACAAACAUGCAACACUUCCCAUCUUGCGUGCUUUUGGCAAUGGUCUCUAGAGAGCCAUUGAGGUGCAGUGCAGCCUCGGGCGCAGCCUCGUCGAGCCGAAAUGACAUCACGUGUCAGGCUGACUUAUUUCGGUUACAACGCAAUUAACGAUUUCCGUUGUUCUUCUUCAUCCUCUUCAUCCUGUUCUUCUUGGACUUGUCCUUUUUAGCAGCGUUGCCCCUUGUGUCAUUCCACAGGUUCGUGACUAGGAAGUCCUGAUCC